AUGGAUACAUUACGGAUAAAAAAGAAAAAAGUAAACGAGCGAAGAAAUCAGAAAAAAAUCAAAGAAUACGACUUUAUAAUUGUUGGUGCUGGAUCAGCUGGAUGUGUUGUAGCUAAUCGCUUAUCAGAAAUAAAGGAAUGGAAGAUACUACUUUUAGAAGCUGGAGGCGAAGAACCGGAUGUAACAAGUGUUCCCGCAUUUGCAACCGCAUUAGGAAGGUCUAACAUCGAUUGGAAGUACACGACACAACCCGAAAAAUUAACCUGUCGCUCCUUAAAGGGCCAGACUUGUACUUGGACAAGCGGUAAAACUAUGGGAGGAUCCAGUGCAAUCAACUACCUAGUCUAUAUGAGAGGAAAUAGUCAUGAUUACAAUAACUGGGCCGAAAUGGGUAACUACGGCUGGACCUACAACGAGGUCCUACCUUAUUUCAAAAAAUCUGAAAAUAACCGUGAUCAAGCAUCUAAGGACUCAUAUUAUCAUUCAGUUAAUGGACCAUUGACUGUUGAAAAAUUUUCUUACACUGAUAUAAAUACAGUUAUGCUGGUUGCCGCUUUCAAAGAAAAGGGGCUACCCGUAAAAGAUUUAAAUGAAGAAAAUAAUUUCGGAACAAAUAUAGGCCUUUCGACAUCCAAGGACGGCCGUAGGGUAUCAACUAAUGUUGCUUUUAUCAAACCUAUUCGAAAUGAACGUAAAAAUUUACAUAUAAUUACGAAUGCACAUGUUACAAAAAUCAAUAUAGAUUUAGAAACGAAAGUAGCCAAAGGUGUUACUUAUUAUAAGAACGGACUACGUUACGAAGUAAUUGCGAAAAAAGAAGUAAUUGUCAGUAGUGGUUCACUAAAUUCUCCAAAACUAUUAAUGCUAUCUGGGAUAGGGCCUGAAGAUGAACUACAAAAAUUAGAUAUACCUGUUCUCUCGGAUUUAAGCGUUGGUCAAAACUUACAAGAUCAUGUUACAACAAACGCUCUUAUUAUGUCUAUUUCUAAUAAAACAUCGACAGUAAUUAGUGCUCCCAAGAUGCUGGAUAAAAUCAAAAGAUAUUAUAAGCAAAAACAUAAGAAAACUGGACCAAUUAGUUCUACAAGUCUCCUUAAUAGCAUAGCAUUUGUAAAAACUAAGUAUGCCACAGAUAAUGUGCCCGAUAUUCAAAUUCAUUUUAAUGGUCGAAAUGUAGAAGAUUUCUACUCGGAUUCCACAACUUACUUGGCAACCGACUUUCUUCCUCUACCUUUUUACAAUGGCAUUGGUGCUAGGCCGCUCUUACUUGUGCCAAAAAGUAAAGGGUUUAUUCUAUUAAAUAAAACAGACCCUGUUUAUGGACAACCUUUGAUAUACUCAAGAUUUUUCACAGUCAAAGAGGACGUUGAUGUAUUAGUUGAAGGUAUGCGAUAUGUUGUUAGUUUAGAAAACACAAAAACAUUCAAAUAUAUUGGUGCGAGGUUUGUUAGAGAACCAGUGAAAGGAUGUACUCAACACGUUUGGGGUACUUAUGAUUACUUUGCUUGUUUACUUACUCAAUACACAACAACCAUAUUUCAUCCUGUAGGAACGUGUAAAAUGGGACCAGCAUGGGAUAAAGUUGCGGUUGUCGACCCCAGAUUAAAAGUAUACGGAAUACAUAAUUUAAGAGUAGUUGACGCGUCAAUAAUGCCAGUUAUCGUAAGAGGGAACACAAAUGCACCAACAAUAAUGAUUGGUGAAAAGGCAUCAGAUAUGAUAAAGGAAGAUUGGUUAUAA